AUUAGCAGUUAAUUGAGUAGCGUGGCUGGAGAACAACGCGUGGCUGGAGGAGCAAUUGAAAAAUGGAUAAGAUAAUAAAACAAAAAAAUGAUCAAAUUGUGAAGCUGCAGGCCCAGUUAUUGGACCAACACAAAAUAUUAGAUAACAACAAAGCUAAGGAUGCUCAAAUUUUGAGUCUACAAGCUCAGCUAGGGGAAAAGAACAAAUUGGAAUGGAACAGUUUCCAAACAGUGACGGAGUUUUUUCAAAACUCAUCCCUAACUGAACGUGAGGAUGAGUUGGCAUUAGGCGAACACAGUCAGUUAUUCAGUCCACCACCUGACAGUGUGUUAAAUUUGAAUUCUGUUAGUGCUGCACUAAAAGAAUCGUUAGUAAUCAGUCCAUGCAGCGAAGGAACUGAAGAAUUGUGGGACUGUAUUUGGGCCGAAAAUGGGUGUGGUAUGGAAACACAGAAAUGGCACGAGUUCAACAUAAAACAUGGAUUAGGUACUUUUGUCUAUCGAAAAAGUAUUUUUAAUGCUAUUAUUUUGCAUUCACAGAAUUUUAGCGGGGAAUCAAGUCAAGUCUGGAAGUGUUACAGGACGGAAGAGUCAGCCUGUAGUUGAAAAAACACUGAGCGUGCAUUACCGUUAAGGUGUGAGGUAAAGUAAUAGAGUGAUGCAAAUUGUCUAAUGAGAAGUACCAUCUUGUGUUAAUGAACCUGGUACAACAGCAAUCCUUUAUAGUUCUGUCACAGCUAGAAGCCUGAAAUAAUUCUGCUUCUCUGGCUAAAGAACAACUUGUCCUUUAUGUUCACAGUGUUGGUGAAACUGGGUACUUAAACGGCCCUAAGAUUUUGCUGCCGUUGCAGAGAUGAACAUCAUAC